GUCGACAACAGCCUGUUAUCCUGAGGCGCAUGGCGCCUCCUUGACUGGAGCCGUCACAGAGGCCUCCGCUUCUGCCCUUCUACCACCUCCUCAUGAAUCUUGCUCGUCACUCUAUCAGCUCUACAGCACCAGUCCUAAUCUUUGAUGCCCGAUUCGACGCAGACUGUCACAUCUUCACCGCUUCGACUCAAGCAGGCUUCGCGGUCUAUCGCACAUGGCCUCUGCAGUUGCUCCGGAAACGAGAGAUCACAGGGGGUACUCUUGCUGCUGUAGUCCCACUCCAUGAAUCAUCCCUUCUCUUCCUCCUCGGAGGAGGUCGCAGCCCGCGGUAUCCACCGAACAAGGUCAUCCUCUGGGACGAUAGCCUCGGGCAGGAGGUUGCUGAGCUUGAGUUCGCAGAACGCGUGCGAGGGCUGGCAUGCAGGCGAGGCUGGUUGGUGGUCGCACUGCGCAGGCGCAUCGUCGUCUUCCAACUGGGAGAGAAAGUUGCCAGGUUUGGGGAAUGGGAGACGUAUGACAAUCCAAGAGGUCUGCUCGCUAUCGCCACUGCUAUGCACUCGACGCUACUGGCCGUACCUGGUCGGCAAUUAGGACAUGUGCAACUUAUCCACCUGCCUCCGUGUCCUCCUUCUGUACCAUUAGGUCCACCGUCCUCAGCGCACCCAGCAUCACCCGCGCCGUCAGCCAGAAAACACCCAGUAUCCAUCAUUGUAGCGCACGAUUCUGCGCUUAGCACGAUAUCCGUAGCACCAUCCGGCCAUCUACUGGCUACUACAUCCGCUAGAGGCACUCUAAUUCGCAUAUGGGACCCUGAAUCCGGACACCAAGUUAGGGAAUUCCGAAGAGGUACCGACAGGGCCGAGAUAUAUGGUGUCGCGUUCCGGCCUGAUGAGAAAGAAGUAUGCGCCUGGAGCGAUAAGGGGACAAUCCAUGUAUUCUCCUUACGCGGAGGUUCCGCAUCUUCGAAUCGACAAUCCACUCUCGCACCGUUGAAGCCUUUCUUGCCACUCCCUAAUUAUUUCCAGUCCGAGUGGUCGUAUGCACAAUAUCGGAUACCAUCACAGUCUGCACAUAUAUCAUUAUCUGCGCCGCCUUCGCGGCCGCCUACAGCGGAUGUCGUCGAUGAGGAGAGAUGCGUCGUUGGGUGGAUACAAGCACCAUCAGACAGACAGGAAGACACGGAUCAAGCACCUCUAAUGGAGCACCAGCUCAUUGCACUGACAUAUACCGGAGGUUGGUAUCGCCUCGCUUUACCUAGUUCCUCCGCCUCUUCUGCGAGAAUUCCACCCUUUACAAGUGGUUCUGGCGCUGGAGCACCAAUCUCGGCGUCGACACCCAGCGUCAAGGCAUUAUCUAUGGAUCAUCCACGAUCGUCCAGUGGCUCAUCUUUUGUAGGCCGGUUGGACAAAGGUAAAGACCGCGAACGGAAUAAAGAAGGCAAGGAGAGUCGUGAAUGUGUGCUGCGGGAAUUUAGGCGGUUUGGACGUUGGGAUGGGUGGGGAUAGAGCUCACGACACUGGGACUACAUUGGCCAAUAUGAUUCCGGCUAUCGCGCAUUACACUACUUCCCUUCAUCUCUCAUAUCCUCAUGCACUUGUAAUUCUACCAUCGUCUCCACCAUUUGUACUUAUGUUGUAUACGUAUGCGUUAAUCUCAACGGGCUUAUGGUUUGGA